GCGAGCGUGAGAGGAGCGCGCAGAGAGAGUAUGGAGCGCGUGGAACGGCUGGAAUAAUAAACAUUUAUCAACACUUUACAAACUUUCUCAACUUAUCCGACAGACAUGGAUGCCGUCAUUCUGAGCGCGUUACUGCUGCACGCUGCGGUCGGACGCGCGGGAGCGCAGUACACAACCGCUCAAAUGGGACAUGCAGAGAAAGGGGGCUGUGGCUUUGAUGACGGACCUGCACAAUGUGAUUACCAGCAGGAUCCUUACGAUGAUUUCGACUGGACUCACGUGAGCGCUCAAGAAGUGCCCUUCCUGCCCUCAGAUCUGCCUCAGGGCUCAUAUAUGAUGGUGGACACAUCUCAACACGAUUACGGAGAAAAGUCUCGCCUGCAGCUGCCCGUCAUGAAGGAGAACGACACGCACUGCAUUGAUUUCAACUAUCUGCUGUACUGUCCUGACGGCUCCAGCCCGGGAACCCUCAAUGUCCUGGUGAAGGUUAACAAAGGGCCGCUGGCCAACCCCAUCUGGAACAUCUCUUCAUGCACAGGCAAGGACUGGAAGAAGGCGGAGCUUGCUGUCAGCACCUUUUGGCCCAAUGAGUAUCAGGUCAUAUUCGAGGCUGAGGUGACAAAUGGUAGAAGAGGUUAUAUUGCCAUAGACGACAUCCAGGUGCUCAGUUACCCAUGCGAUAAAUCUCCUCAUUUUCUGCGUUUGGGGGACGUGGAGGUAAACGCCGGACAGAACGCGACCUUUCAGUGCAUCGCAACCGUUCGAGAUGCUGUUAACAACAAACUCUGGCUUCAGAAACGUAACGGUGAGGACAUUCCUGUGGCCGAGACCAAAAACAUCAAUCACAGAAAGUUUGCGGCGUCCUUCAGACUGAGAGAAGUGACCAGUCAGGACCAAGAUCUCUACCGAUGUGUCACCCAAUCAGAGCGAGGAUCUGGGGUGUCUAACUUCGCUGGUCUUAUUGUUCGAGAACCCCCGAGACCCAUCGCCCCUCCGCAGCUGCUGGCCGUCGGUCCCACAUACCUGCUCAUUCAGCUCAACGCAAACUCAAUAUUUGGAGACGGACCCAUCAUUCUGAAGGAGGUGGAGUACAGAAUGACAUCUGGAAGCUGGACAGAGACGCACGCCGUCAACUCACCCAACUACAAGCUCUGGCACCUUGACCCAGACACGGAGUACGAGAUCCGAGUGUUGCUGACCCGCCCGGGCGAGGGAGGAACCGGCCAGUCUGGACCUGCUCUCGUCACCAGAACCAAAUGUGCAGAACCCAUGCGGACCCCCAAGAGUCUGAAGAUCGCAGAGACGCAGGCGCGCUUCAUCGCCGUAGACUGGGAGUCGCUGGGCUACAACAUCACCCGCUGUCACACCUUCAACGUCACCAUCUGCUAUCACUACCACAAAACCCCAAACCAGAGCAAAGCCGACUGCCUGGAGAUGGACCCCAAAGCCCCCCGACACGUGGUGGCUAACCUGCCCCCCAACACCAACGUCAGCCUGAAGAUGAUCCUCACCAACCCUGAGGGCCGUAAAGAGAGCGACGAGACCGUCAUCCAAACAGAAGAAGACGUUCCUGGUAUGGUUCCUAAAGAGUUUGUGCGAGCGUUUCCCUCUGAGGAGAAGAUCACAUUACAGUGGAAAGAACCGCUGGAGCCCAACGGCAUCAUAACACAGUAUGAGAUCAGCUACAGUGCUGUUCAUUCGUUUGAUCCGUCAGUGGUGUUGCAGCGGCCGGCAGUGCUUGUGUCAUUACACUGGAACACAUCUCGACACAACUUCACAGCACUGCAUCCUGGAACCACAUAUCAGUUUCUGAUCCGAGCCAGCACCAGCAAAGGAUAUGGCCCCGCAACCACACUCAACGUCACAACUAACAUAUCAGCACCGACUCUAGAGGAGUAUGAUGGAUCAGAAGCUUCACUGAAUGAGACGGCCACCACCAUCACCGUUCUGCUGAAACCCGCACAGGCUAAAGGAGCUCCAAUCAGCUCCUAUCAGAUCGUAGUGAGGGAGAUAAACCCGCGUCGUGCUCGACGGGAGGCGGGCGGCGAGUGUUAUCUUGAGCCUGUGUCGUAUCAGAACGCCGUCAGCGGGGGUUUGCCCUAUUAUUUUGCGGCAGAACUUCCUCCCAGGAAUCUUCUGGAGCCGCUGCCGUUUACAGUGGGCGACAACAAGACAUAUCACGGGUUCUGGAACGCCCCGCUCGCUCCCCGCAAGAACUACAACAUCUACUUUCAGGCCGUGAGCAGCGUGGAGAAGGAAAGUAAAACGCAGUGUUUGAAACUGGCAUUUAAAGGGGCGACAGAAGAGCCAGAGGUGAUUCCAGACCCGGCCAAACAAACGGAUCAGGUGGUGAAGAUCGCCGGCAUCAGCGCUGCGGUGCUGGUCUUCAUUCUGCUGGUGCUGGUGGCCGUUCUGCUGGUGAAGAAAAGGAGGAGCUACUAUUCUUACUCAUAUUACCUGAAACUUGCUAAGAAGCGUAAGGAUGCCAUUGGAAACACGCGUCAGGAGAUGACACACAUGGUGAACUCGAUGGAUCGCAGUUAUGCAGAUCAGAGCACUCUACAUGCUGAAGAACCCGUCACCUUCAUGGACUCACACAACUUCAGCCGCUUGCCCAACGAUCCGCUCGUGCCGACGGCUGUGUUAGUGCCCAUUACUGAUGAGAACCAGACAGCCGCAGCGGAGAACAGCAGACUGCUGGAUAUCCCACGAUACCACUGCGACGGCACUGAAUCGCCCUAUCAGACGGGUCAACUGCAUCCCGCCAUCCGUGUGGCCGACCUCCUGCAGCACAUCAAUCUCAUGAAGACCUCCGACAGUUACGGCUUCAAAGAGGAGUAUGAGAGCUUUUUUGAGGGUCAAUCCGCCUCCUGGGACACAGCAAAGAAAGAGCACAAUCGCACAAAGAAUCGCUAUGGAAACAUCAUCGCAUACGAUCACUCUCGAGUUAUCCUGCAGCCAAUGGAAGACGACCCCUCGUCCGACUACAUAAAUGCCAACUACAUUGAUGUAAGUGGAGAUGCCUCCUCCUCCUCCAUUGGCGAACGUGUGAGAAACGUCUCUCCCUCCCUCAUUUGGCUGUACAGGGAUGGAUAUCAAAGGCCCAGUCAUUACAUCGCAACUCAAGGUCCCGUUCAUGAGACCGUCUACGAUUUCUGGAGGAUGAUCUGGCAGGAGCAGUCCGCUUGUAUCGUCAUGGUAACCAACCUUGUGGAGGUGGGCCGGGUGAAAUGUUAUAAAUACUGGCCAGACGAUAUGGAAGUUUAUGGAGACUUUAAAGUGACGUUCGUGGAGGUCGAGCCGCUUGCAGAAUACGUUGUCAGAACUUUUACUCUAGAACGGAGAGGAUUCAAUGAGGUCAGAGAGGUGAAGCAGUUUCAUUUCACCGGCUGGCCGGAUCAUGGAGUGCCGUAUCACGCCACCGGACUCUUGUCAUUUAUACGACGAGUGAAGAUUUCCAAUCCACCCACGGCAGGACCCAUCGUCGUCCACUGCAGUGCGGGAGCCGGCCGGACAGGAUGUUACAUCGUCAUUGACAUCAUGUUGGACAUGGCAGAGAGAGAGGGCGUCGUGGACAUUUACAACUGCGUUAAAGCUCUGCGCUCCAGACGAAUCAACAUGGUUCAGACUGAGGAGCAGUACAUUUUCAUCCACGACGCCAUCCUGGAGGCGUGUUUGUGCGGUGAGACCGCCAUCCCCGUGUGCGAGUUCAAAGCCACGUACUAUGACAUGAUCCGCAUUGACUCGCAGAGCAACUCCUCACACCUCAAAGAUGAAUUUCAGACGCUGAACUCUGUGACCCCACAGCCUCAACCUGAAGACUGCAGCAUCGCUCUUCUUCCUCGCAAUCACGACAAGAACCGCUUCAUGGACAACCUUCCCCCCGAUCGCUGCCUGCCGUUCCUCAUCACCAUCGACGGAGAGAGCAGCAACUACAUCAACGCGGCUCUGAUGGAUAGCUACAGGCAGCCCGCCGCCUUCAUUGUGACCCAACAUCCGUUACCCAACACUGUCAAAGACUUCUGGAGACUGGUGUAUGACUACGGCUGCACUUCCCUCGUCAUGCUGAACGAGAUCGACCUGACUCAGGGUUGUCCUCAGUACUGGCCUGAGGAGGGAAUGUUGAGAUACGGUCCUGUACAGGUGGAUUGUAUAUCCUGUUCGAUGGACUGUGAUGUCAUCAGUCGUCUUUUCAGGAUCUGUAAUUUGACCAGGCCACAGGAAGGUUAUCUGAUGGUUCGUCAGUUCCAGUACCUGGGGUGGGCGGGCCAUAGGGAAGUCCCCGCCUCCAAGCGCUCGUUCCUUAAACUGAUUCUGCAGGUGGAUAAAUGGCAGGAGGAAUGCGAGGAAGGAGAUGGAAGGACCAUCAUACACUGCCUGAAUGGAGGAGGCCGCAGCGGGAUGUUCUGUGCCGUCAGUAUCGUGUGUGAAAUGAUCAAGCGUCAGAAUGUGGUGGAUGUUUUUCAUGCCGUCAAGAGUCUGCGGAACAGCAAACCCAACAUGGUGGACAGUCCGGAGCAGUAUCGUUUCUGUUACGACGUUGCCCUGGAGUUCAUCGAGACCUCGUAAUGAAGAUCUUUGAUUGAUCAUCUCUGUUUCUCAUCGGGACGGCGCACACUCACUUCUUCAACGUUCAACAUCUAUUUGUUGUAUAAAUGUCUCCGUUUGUGAUUUCACCAUGUCGAGGUUCACGAGAUUGAAGUGCUGGCCGUCUGGUGGCAUUAUUUUUCAAAGACACUGAUGUUGUUAUUGUCGUUAUUUUUUGCUGAGUUUAUUUUGUGCAGCCACAUGAAACAUUACAGGCCGAGCUGUUUGCAUGCUGAGCUCUUCUUUGUUUUCUAUCACACACGUUAAUAAAGAAAUGAGUACUUGUGUAGAUAUUUUGAAAGGGAUUUUCACCAUCAUCCGUAAAUGAAAUGCAGGUGUACGUAUAACUCGAAUGGCUAGGUUACUAUGUCUUUAUUGUUUUUGUUGUGUAGCAGGUGAUGACCAUAAGCCAAAGACUUGUGUAAAUAUGUGUAUAGGAAUGAAGCGCAUUGUUUGUAUUUAUUGUUUUCUUGCAUUAUUGAAAGCUUAAAACAAUCAUGAGCGUUUUUCAUCUAGCCUAAAUUUACAGUUUAAACAUGUUGUACAUUUAUAUGUAUCCGACUGAUUGAAGUAGUGUUAUUUUGAGUUGUAUUUAAAUAGUUUUUUUAUUGAACUUAAAUAUUUUAUCUGGUUUGUUUUAAGUAUAAAUUGUGAUUGUUUUCUUUACUGAAGAGGAACUCUGAAUGAAAAGACAAGAGCUCUAUUUUUUCUGAUGUUUUCACAUUUGUAUUGUGCUGGAAAUGAAACAAACAAUGAAGUGUACGCAUUCAAAUAUGAACAGUAUUAGACUCUAGUGUAUUUAGGAUCAAAGCCAAUUUAAAAAGAAAGUUACAGCCGAUGUUGUUGCUGAACGGACAUCUUAUAGAAAGAGAAGAAGAUCCAUCUUGUCAAUUAAGUUCUGUAUUUUUGUCUGUAGUUGUUGGCUUUAUGGCUGUAAUAACAUGUCAAAUAUUCAAAAUACUUUGAAUAAAAAAAAUGUGUUACAGAA